AUGAGUCGUCCACAGAAGGCUCGUACCGUCCUUCGCGCGGCGGUGACACGGCUCCUCAACAAGUUGGAAAGCCUGCACAUCUCCGAUAAUCCAAACCUCAGCGAGAUCACCGAUAACGCUCAUCUGCUGGAGCAAAAGGCUGGACAGUUGCGAGAGGUGGACUCAAAAAUCCAGGACGGAGUCAGCGAUGACGCGUUCGAAGAUGAGUACACUACAGCCACACGUUACCAGGACGAUAUUUACCUCGCCUUGGCAAGAGCUCGUCGCAUUAUCGCGCCCAGUGCUGCCGUCGCACCCGCUCCUCGUGAGCCUCACCAGCUUCCAUCCAGCAUUAUAACGGUCGCUCUUCCGAAGUUGCAGGUCCCCACAUUGCGGGCAAGGCAGAUGACUGCGAAACGUUCCGUCGAGGGAAUUGCCAUCUCUGAAGCGAAUUAUGACACGGCGAUCUCGACUUUACAGAAUCGAUUCGGUCGACCAGCGGCGCUCGUAGAUGCUCACAUCGAUAAGCUUCUCAAUUUGCCCCUUGUAUCCUCGGCUAGAGAUGUAGAGAAGUUGCGAGAGCUCUACGACACCAUCAUCUUUAGAACCGGUUGCCUACAGAAUCUUGGAGUUCCUCAGUCCCGUUACGCAGUCGUGUUGCACCGAGUAGUGAUGCGCUGUAUUCCGGAAGAGCUGGCCGUCGAGUUUCGCCAGCGACAGCUCGAGAAAGCGCCCUCAAGUCCUCUUCAGCCGCCAGGCGCUGAGGGGCAGAUGUCAGACGAACGCUCCGAAACAGUUUCGAGCUUGCUGGCCUUUCUUCGCAGUCAUAUUGAGAGCCGAGAGGAUUGCAAGUUUGCUCAUCGUCGUGUAUCCCAACGGGAACCGCGGGAGCAGCGAUCCUGUCCCUCCCCGGAGCAGCUUCCCAGUUUCCCGACAGCCCUCUCACUAGCAGCCUGCUCGACAAAUCACCGUCCUCGUAAUUGUCCGCUGUGUAACAGCCCCUCUCACGCUAUUCAAGAUUGCCACGCAGCUGUGUCUUCCACCGACAAGCGUAGACUUCUCUCAGCCAAACGUUGCUGUUUCCGCUGCGGCAAAUACAACCAUGUCUCACGCGAAUGCCGUUCCUUCAGGUACCUAACGUGCUCCACCUGCGGCGAGCAUCACCUUUCCCUCCUCUGCGACAUCCAACGCGCCAGUUCUGAACGCUCCUCGCACACCCCCACCACGACGGCUACGUGCGCUCGACCUGCCACGCACGUCCUCCUCCAAAACGAUCGCGUCUGGGCACUUGGACGGCAAGCCAACCAUCUCGCCCGCGUGCUCUUUGAUACCGGCAGCCAUCGCACUUACGUUCGACAGGACCUGUCCCGCAGAAUCGGUUGUCCCGUCCUCGGAACCGAGGACCUAACGGUGUACACCUUUGGGAGAAGCAAGGCUCCUUCUAGAUACCACUGCCGGAGAGUGGCAUUGUCCUUGACUAGUCAGCACGCUCAUUGUCCUCUCAUUAUAGAGGCCCUCGAAGUUCCGGAAGUGUGCUCUGUCACUACCCAGCCUCUGGACAUACUGGCCCUCGACAAACUGCGUGACCUAGGGCUUGCUGCGGCCGAUGCCCCGCUUCCCGAUAACGUCGCCGACGCCCACAUCAGUGUUCUCAUCGGAUCCAAUAUUUACUGGACACUCGUGUCAGGCAAUAUUCGCCGUCUCACCCCUGGUCUCACCGCAGUCGAAACCCGCUUUGGAUGGCUAGUCCAAGGAGCCCACCCCGUCUCCGCCUCAGCCUCGUUGGAUGAGUUUGAGCACCAGGUGGCCAAGAUAGGCAAUCGUUAUCAAGUUCCGCUUCUCAUCAAGGACUCCUGCUUCGGCGAACUAGCGGACAACCGAACGAUUGCAGAGGCCAGACUCUUUUCGCAGCUUCGUCGCCUUCGCGAUCAGCCCCAUCUCUUGCAGCAAUAUCAUGACACGAUAUCGGAGUACUUCUCAGAAGGUCAUGCAGAAGAGGUGCCCAACACGUCGAGCCGACUGUCGAACCUCUAUUACCUUCCUCAUCAUGCAGUCACACGCCAAGAUGCCGUGACAACGAAGGUUCGGGUAGUCUUCGACGCCUCCUCGCAUAUGCCCGGUGAACUCUCGCUGAAUCAAGUUCUGCACAGAGGCCCAAAUCUCAACGCUGACCUCCUCGUGCAACUUAUCGCGUUCCGCUGCCAUCCGGUCGUACUGAUUGCAGACAUUCGCAAGGCCUAUCUGCAGAUCGCGAUCCGUCCCGAGGAUCGAGACGCCUUGCGUUUGCUUUGGAUUAAGAAGCUACCUUCACCUCAAGAUCCCCUACCGGACAUCCAGGAAUGGCGAAUGACUCGAGUUCCAUUCGGCGCCUCUUCCAGUCCAUUUUUACUCGCCGCCACACUACGUCAUCAGCGCGGCUGA